GUUGCUCUCUUUGGGACACUUGAGUGCUUUCUUCUGGCUGCCAUGGCAUAUGAUCGCUUUGUAGCAAUCUACAACCCACUGUUUUAUUCAACCAAGAUGUCCACAGGGGUUUGCGUUCAGAUCCUCAUACUGGCUUAUGUGAGUAGUUUUCUCAAUGCUUCCUCCUUUACUAUUUGCUUCUAUCUUUUACUCUUCUGUGGACCUAAUCGAGUCAAUCAUUUCUUCUGUGAUUUUGCCCCUUUAGUUGAACUCUCCUGUUCUGACAGCAGUAGUAUCCCCUCAGUCGUGCCCACAUUUACAGCUGGCUUCAACAUUCUGUUUACAGUGUUUGUCAUAGUCACCUCCUACAUCUAUAUCCUCAUCACAAUACUGAAGAUGCGCUCCAAUAGAGGGCGUCGCAAGGCUUUCUCUACUUGCACUGCCCACCUCACAGCUGUCACUCUAUAUUUUGGGACCAUCACAUUCGUUUAUGUGAUGCCCAAGUCCACCUUCUCAACUGACCAGAACAAAGUGGUGUCUGUGUUCUACACGGUGGUGAUUCCCAUGCUGAACCCCAUCAUCUACAGCCUCAAGAACAAUGAGAUUAAGGGGGCUCUGAAAAGAGAGCUUGGCAGAAAAAUAUUAUCCUAG